AUGCCUGAGAGCAAGAUCCCUCAACCAGGUCCUGCCAAACUCAGGCGCGAUGCGGGGCCCGACGAGUGGCUGGAGGCUGCGAAGGAUUGCAAGUACCUAUCGGAGUCGCAAAUGAAGCAGCUCUGUGAUAUUGUGAAAGAAUACAUGAUGGAAGAGUCCAACAUCCAACCAGUAUCGACACCCGUUACAGUCUGCGGUGAUAUUCACGGGCAAUUUUACGACCUCUUGGAACUCUUUCGAGUCUCUGGGGGAAUGCCCGACGGCACAGAACUGGAUCCUCCGAAAACCUCCACCUCCGUUAUUACCUCGACCGAUAUCGAACCCCCAUCAAACAUCUCAGACCUCCAAAACCGCAAGCUUCGCGGUCCCACCGCGAACCCCAAUGAUGAACAGGAAGAUACCAAUUCGCGGAGUCGAUCGGGCAGCAAUACAUCCACCGACAUUCAAGUAAACCGCAACUUCGUAUUUCUAGGAGACUAUGUGGAUCGUGGAUAUUUCAGUUUGGAAACAUUAACGCUUUUGCUCUGCCUCAAAGCAAAGUAUCCCGACCGAGUCACAUUGGUCCGUGGCAAUCACGAAUCGCGCCAAAUCACGCAAGUCUACGGUUUUUAUGAUGAAUGUUUCCAAAAAUAUGGCAGUGCUUCGGUGUGGAAGGCUUGUUGUCAGGUUUUUGAUUUCAUGACAUUGGGCGCUAUCAUCGACGGUAAGGUGCUAUGCGUUCACGGCGGCUUAAGCCCUGAAAUUCGCACAUUGGACCAAGUCCGCGUGGUAGCCCGUGCACAGGAGAUUCCCCACGAGGGUGCCUUCUGUGAUCUCGUUUGGUCUGAUCCAGAUGAUGUGGAGACGUGGGCUGUCAGUCCGCGAGGAGCAGGAUGGUUGUUCGGUGAUCGAGUUGCCGACGAGUUCUGCCAUGUCAAUGAUCUCUCGUUAAUUGCACGCGCUCAUCAGUUGGUCAACGAGGGCUACAAAUAUCACUUCGACAACCAAAACGUCGUCACCGUAUGGAGUGCGCCAAACUACUGCUACCGAUGCGGUAAUCUGGCCUCGGUCUGUGAAAUCGGAGAAGAUCUUAAACCCACGUUCAAGCUGUUCAGUGCGGUUAGUGAUGACCAGCGGCAUGUCCCUACCUCACGGCCAGGCCGCAGCGAAUACUUCCUGUAA